GAGAUACUGGAAAAGAAGACCCUACAUGAUCCCGGCCCUCGUGGUGAUCAUCGUUCUUCCUAUUGUUGCACUUUUGUAUGAUAACAUCAAGACGAAUACCGUGCGCAGAAAUGUGGGAGAUGUAAUGAGCUCAGAGACCCAGUUAUUAACGCCUUCCUUCGUGUAUCACGACAACCUCACUGAAACUGCCUCCAAUAGGUCAAUGAAUAUUACUGAAAUGAAAACAUUGGUUCCUACGGAACCCAAACCUAACACAACUAAUACUAAGCCCGCUGACAGGGUUGUACAGAUUUAUAUUUAUUCAUCCUCACCAGACGUUUGGUUGAGUAAUGGUGGACCUAAUGGUGAACUAAAAGAACAUUGGAUACAAUUUAAGAGAGGCCCGCAGGUCAGGCACACUCUAAAUUGCAAUAGUUCGUUGACACUUGAACUUAGCCUAGGCGUGGAUACCAAGAAGUUUAAAGAGAAUGAUGUUGUUCUGUUUAACAACGUUGAAGACGGUCUGUUGCCGAAGAGGAUGAAGUCGUUGCUUAGUGUUAGUUCAACACAGGGGGAGAAUGAUCAGGUAUGGAUCUUCAAGGCGCUAGAGUCAGCGUCUUAUAUGAGGUGGAUACAACCUGCCGUUAGAUCUCUACCAGUGCAUGCCAUUCUUGGUUACCCAUCGACAGCGGACAUCCAGGAGGUGUAUGGCCGUUGGGUUCCCGGUAAGCCGGCCCCGAACCCCGACAAACCCCUACUUGAGACUAUCAGGAACAAGACGGGGGCCCCAGUAGUCUGGAUGGCCAAAAACUGCAUCAACACAUUCUGGCCGCGACUUGAUUUCGUGCAUGACCUAAUGAAGCACAUUGGUGUAGAUACUUACGGCAAAUGUGGGAAGUAUACCUGUCAGCCAAGACGCUCAGAAAAGUGUCUCAGACUCUUGGAGAGGUACAAGUUCUACUUAAGUCUUGAGAAUUCGGAAUGCCCAGACUACAUCACUGAGAAGUUCUGGAAUGUGCUCCGUCACGGUAUGGUACCCGUGGUCUACGGUCCCACCAAGGAAAGCUACCUGAAAGUCGCGCCUCCUAAUUCAUUCAUACACAUCGGUGACUUUAACAGCACCGAAGAACUGGCCAAGUACUUGAAACAUAUGGACCAAAAUCCCAAGGAGUACCUGAAGUACUUAGAAUGGCAGAAGAAGGGCUCGAUUGCACAUGCCGGGGAAAACCCGUUCCCCUUUUGUGAGAUCCCCGAAGUGAUGCGACGAGUAAAACUGGGCCUAAAUAAAAAGAAACCCAUGUCGGAAUUCCCAAUGUUUGACCAUUGUAGACAUCAGACUGGAAGGAAUGGCUUUAGCCCUGGGGUGAAGUAUAAUACAUGGAAACCCCGGUCCUAAGUACCUGUAUAUCAUUAUGAACAUACUACUCAUUGUGUUACUGUCAGUAACGCUUCUCAGAUUGUGUAUUCCUAUUGGGGGGGGGGGGGUAUUUUAACUGCGUGGACAUUAUUCGCUCCGGAUUUUCGGCGAUGUCUCAUAAAACGUGACCACCUCAUUUAAAUCAAAUGUUUAAAUGUUAGCUUUAAUAUAAUACAAUUACAUUUACAUGUACAUAAGGAUUAAACUGUCAAAAGGUAAAAAAAAACCGGUUUUAUGACCUACUUUGCCUUUAUAAAAGGGAUGACUCCAUUUAAAAGUUAUGUUUUAGCAAUUAAUUUAGGAGAUUUUUCGACUCCACAUCAACGUCUUGAGAACGCAAAUGAUGCAACGAAAUAAUCACGUUGUUUGCUCUUCAACACAACUUUUUCAAAAGAAGGCUACGUGAACGAAACUUUUGCAAGUACCCUGAACGUUCUGUUCAGAACCAUAAUGUUAUUGCGCCUGUGUUAUUAUAUAUACUUUAUCAAAUAAUUAGAUGUAAGUUUACAAUUGAUAUGUCAAUAUGAUCAAUUAAUUACUUUUAAUAAUUAUAAUUUACCAGUAUUGCACAUUAUCGUUGCCUGACUUCACUAAACAGUACGCUCAGGCAACGUUGUCAUAAAGUUUAUAUAACUUGAAGUGUGUCCCUUUUUAGGCAGAGGGCGCUAUAUCGGUUGAAUGGUAUAAUAAAAAAUGGUAAUUGCUAUUGUACUUGCAUACUGUCUUCAGCACUAAUUCCAACGCUCUGGCUCAUUUCUUCGCCAACUUUUGGAAAUUAUGUUCACCCCAAAGCCGAUUGAUUAACAACGUAAAGCAACCACAUCUUUCUCUGCAAUUUAAUUAGAACUGCUCGCCUCUCCAAGCACAGUACUUUCAGACAUCACGUCCGCCAUGCAAUACUGUCUGCUCCGCACACUUUUGCAUAUGCAAUCAUGUCCGGGCUAUGCAAAAUCCGUCCGGUGGACAUGUAUGACUGUACAUGCAUGUGCGCGUGUAAGCAAGCGUGCAUGCACUGAACACGUAUAUGCAGCAUGAAUAUUCACCUUUUUAUGAUUGCA